AUGCUGGUUCGGAGUGUUGGUCUUAGACCGCCUGACCCGAUGCUCUUAUGGGAGGGGAUGGUGAUCUUUCUCCGCUGGUGUUGUGUGCUGCUGUCUGUGCUCGUGUGUGUGGGCUCCGCUGAACCGAUCGACUGGCUCCUGUCCGAUAAAGGUCCAUUCCACCGAUCUCAGGAAUUCAUUGAGUUCACCGAGCGAUACCAGCACGGUUUCACAACCAGAUACAAAAUAUACAGGGAGUUCGGCCGAUGGAAGGUCAACAGCCUUGCUGCGGAGAGGCAAGAAGGCAAUGGGGCUGCCGUGCCCUUUGACCCCGACUUCAUCCAUAACAUCAGGCUUCUGGGGAGAAGGCCAAGCUUGCAGAAAAUAACUGACAACAUCAUUAAGAAAUACGGGACUCAUUUCCUGCUCUCCGCCACUCUGGGAGGCGAGGAGUCCUUGACGAUUUUCGUGGACAAAAGCAAGCUCAGCAGAGGUCAGCAGAAUGAAGGUGCUUCCAACAGUACGGCUGGUUCGUUGACCCUUGAAGCCCUCCACCAACUGGCCGCCUCCUAUUUCAUAGACAGAGACAGCACGCUUCGAAGGCUCCAUCACCUCCAGAUCGCCUCUACCGCCAUUAAGGUAACUGAGACCCGGACCGGCCCUCUGGGCUGCAGUAACUAUGACAACCUGGACUCUGUCAGCUCCGUUCUGGUUCACAGCCAGGAAAAAAAAGUUCAGUUACAAGGGCUGCAGGCGAUUCUGCCUAGUUAUUUAAGGAACGGCUUUGUUCAGGCCGCCUUAGGAUACAUAGGCUGCAAUGCCGAAGGCCAAUUUGUGUGCAAAGACAACGACUGCUGGUGCCAAUGCAAUGCAGCGUUUCACAACUGUAACUGCCCCGAGGCUGAUAUCCGCUCCCAUGAGAGCUACCUGGAGCGCAUGAGGGAGGCCUGGAGGCAGGAGAUCCAGGAUUUUCAAAACUCAGAUGAGUUUCAGAGCUUCAUUGCUAAAUUGCCAACGCAGAGCGCUCUAAACUCAUCACACAUUCAGCAGCUGUGGAGGACAGACAGCGCACUACAACAGCACUACAGGCAGCUAGAAUCCCAGCUUAACCUCCUGCUCACCAAGACCCGUCGAACCGCUAACAAACUCUUCAGCCUCAGCAAAAGAUGCCGCACUCAGCCUAAAAUAGUCUCUCUGAGGGAGAGGCCCUUGAGUUACUGGCUCAAAUUCACACUCUCCGUCCUGUACUGCAGUGAGAAUAACCAACUUGGAUUGUACGUAGAGGAACUUCGGAGCUGUGCCUGUCCGUACGAAUAUCCCUCGUGUCAUGCCGUCAUUCCUUGCGAAGUGGGCGACGGCCCUCGUUGCGCAUCUUGCUCUGAGGACAACCGCACGCGUUGCUCUGCCUGCAACCUGGGUUACGUGCUCAGUCAUGGAGUUUGCAAAUACGCCGUACCCAACCCAACAGACCACUACCUUGGUUUCGAGACGGACUUGCAGGACCUGGAGCUGCGCUACUUGCUGCAGCACCACGACGGCCGCAUCGCCGCGCACGCCCUCUUUGUUAGCAACGACGUGCGCCUCAACGUUUGGUUUGACCCCUCCUGGAGGAAAAGGAUGCUGCUUACACUCAAGAGCAACAAGUUCAAAUCCAAUCGCAUACACAUGCUCCUCGGUAUCUCGCUGCAGAUUUGCAUGACCAGGAACUUCACUUUAGAGCCCACGCUGUCCGUCUACGUCAACCCGUUCGGCGGCAGCCAUUCGGAAAGCUGGACCAUGCCCAUCAAUCAAAACGGCUACCCGGACUGGGAGAAAACCAAACUGGAUGUUCCUAUGGAUUGCUACAACUGGACGUUGACAUUAGGCAACCGGUGGAAGAGCUUUUUUGAGACGGUUCACUUCUACCUGAGGAGUCGCGUUCGAAGCGACUCCUUUCAGGGAAACGAUACAGUCUUCAUCGAGCCUCUAGAGGUCGCAGAUCCUUCUCAGAACUUUGGAUACAUGAAGAUCAACAGUAUGCAGUUGUUUGGUUACAGCAUGCACUUUGACCCUGAAGCUAUCCAGGACCUGAUCCUGCAGUUGGACUAUCCGUACACUCAGGGUUCUCAAGACUCUGCUCUUCUGCAACUAAUGGAGAUCCGAUAUCGGGUCAAUAAACUGUCUCCUCCUGGUCCACUGCCUUUAGAUUUGUUCUCGUGCCUGCUUCGACACAGACUGAAACUCUCCAGCCCUGAGGUACAGAGAAUACUUUCCACACUGCAGACUUUUAGUGCCAAACAGCCCUUCUACAAAGAUUACGAAGCUGCAAAACUUUGUAGUUAAAAAGCAAAUCAAUUUAUUUUUGCCAUUGAUGUUUGGCUUUACUGACUGCAAAACGACUUUGAAUUGUAUAUGAGAAAAGAGAAAAUUCCUUUUAGAGGGGGGUCAUUGUUGUCGGUGUUUGAUAAUAAUUCAUCCCUCUUCAUAGACAUGUUAUAUAUUUGAUGUCUUUGCAUCAAAUGGUAGUUGAGAUGAAACAAAGUUUUGCACAAUUUUAUCAACUCUGCCAUGUUUUAAUGAAAUAAAAUAGUCAAAAAUUGUUAUUAUGUGUUUUUGUAGUGCAUUUUGGCUGGGGUUGGCUGGCUUCCAGCUCUGUAAUUGCAACAGACUACAUUAAACAUUUGUUUAUCUGAAGUAUAAAACUGAGUAUAAUAGUGAUCAGAUUAGCUUAACUUUUUACAGAACAUGUCAUGAGCAUGUCAAGGUCAAUUCACACCAAAGUCAAAAGAAAGUUACAAAUCGUUGCUGUUGGACUGAAAGCACUUGAAAACAUAGCUUUUUUCUUUCUUAAUGUAACAGGUUGAUUUAACCACUAAAAAUAGUCCAAGUAUUAAUUAUUUUUCCAUUUAAAAUCUUGUAUUAGGAUGGUUGAAAAAUAAAUUAUAAAUGUGUCCUAUGGUGUGACAGCAAAAAAAAUUAACAAUGAAGAUAAAUAUCUCUAUUAUAAAUAUUAAUAAAAUAAUAUAUUAUGAACAGUGUGUUUUCUAAAUUUUUGUUGUGUCACAUCACAGGACACAUUCAUGGUACUGUAUAUUUGUCAACUACCCAAUACAGUAAAUCGCGAAUCACCAUUGACAAUAAUGACAAUAAAACAUUGAGAUGCAAUAUUGUAAUGAGUAUUUAUUGGGAUAUUUGGUCAAUUGUCAUGCAAGUAAUAAUGAUAUAAAAAUUAGGGAUAUUUUUUCAGGCCAAAUUCAAUAUAUUAUCUCUUGAUUUUGGGGUGAAUGUGGCCCGAACAUGUUUUUGUGAGGGUUACCCCUAGACUAUUUUAUGCAUUACCUUUUCUUCACUUAUUAUUCAGUUACAUCGAUACAAAAUAUUUUAUCCUGCACUAAAAGUAUCCUCCCAAAAAUAUUAAGGCAGAUAAUGUAUUUUACAUUCUAAUACAGAAUAUUUUAUCCUGCACUAAAAGUAUCCUCCCAAAAAUAUUAAGGCAGAUAUGUAUUUUAUGUGGCGCCAUUCAUUCUAAGACAGAAAAGGUCAAACUGCUCCAUGAAGACGUUACAUGAAUGAACCAUUACUGACAUUACAUAUUCAAAUUUUGUGAAUGCAUA